UGGUGGAAGUUAAAGAGCCUUUCAUUGCGGAGCACGCCGCAACGCAGCGGGUCACCGCUCGCCGCCCUCGACGUACGGCGGGGGGUGCCCUCUCCUCGCUCCCUUUCUUCGCCCUCCUGAAACGCCAGCCUUACCGAGCAAAGAUACUGCCUAAAUCCGCCUACGGCGGCCUCGGCCCCGAGAAAGAAGAUCUCUUUGGAAACAUGGAGCUGCUGUGCUGUGAGGUGGAUCCCAUGAGGAGAGCACUGCCCGACCCAAACUUGCUCUACGAUGACCGCAUUUUGCACAACUUACUAACCAUAGAGGAGAGGUAUCUGCCCCAGUGCUCCUACUUCAAGUGCGUCCAGAAGGACAUUCAGCCCUUCAUGAGAAGGAUGGUGGCCACUUGGAUGCUGGAGGCUCCGAUUUUUGGUAAAUUUUUGAAACAAAUUUUUUCGCUCGCUGUAGCUGAAGGGCUCCAAGACUGCUCGGGCUCUCCCCACCCUACCUCACCCUUGCUGUCUCCCGUCCUCCGCCCCGUCAACGUUGUAUUGGGGGGCUCGGGGCUGAGGAACACCCCCGGGAGAAUUUUUGCAAUUGUCGGAAAAGACAGGGGACCGACCCGGCAUGCCACCGGCAUCAAAACCAGGACCUCCAGGGUCUGUGAAGAACAGAAGUGUGAAGAAGAAGUUUUUCCUCUGGCUAUGAAUUACUUGGACAGAUUCUUAGCUGUGGUGCCCACUCGAAAGUGCCAUCUGCAGCUGCUGGGGGCGGUGUGCAUGUUCCUGGCCUCCAAGCUGAAAGAGACAAUCCCCCUCACAGCUGAGAAGCUGUGCAUAUACACGGACAAUUCUAUCAGACCCCAAGAGCUGCUGGAAUGGGAGCUGGUGGUGUUGGGGAAGUUGAAGUGGAACCUUGCAGCUGUCACUCCGCAUGAUUUCAUUGAACACAUCCUAAGGAAGCUACCCCUACCUAAAGACAAGUUGCUUUUGAUCCGGAAGCAUGCACAAACAUUCAUUGCCCUUUGUGCUACAGACUUUAACUUUGCCAUGUACCCACCAUCAAUGAUAGCAACUGGAAGUGUGGGAGCAGCCAUCUGUGGCCUUCAGCUCGAUGACGGGGACAGCCUCACAGACCUCUUGGCCAAGAUCACAAACACAGAUGUGCAGCUUGCUGGAGAGAACCUGUUCUGCCCACUCAGGCAUGCUAUAGUGGGGAGCCACCUUGGGUACCAUGAUGGAGUUUGCAGGCAGAUGGCAUCCCCUUGGGCAAAAGGUACUCCAGCAUGUGCACCGGACCUACAUUCAUGACCUUGAAAUUGCUCUGUUGGCCCUCACUGAGGGAUCACAUCAAAACCCCUGCCUUGAAGAAGGUGAAUAAUGAGAUGAUCCUCCAGCAGUGGCACAACGCAAGGCACGUAUCUUUUGUCUAUAGCUUCUCUAAGCUCACUGCAUGAAGUGCAUAUUUUGAUGAUCAGAAAAUCCUGUUGGCAGGAGUGGAGAACCUGGUGGCAUUUCAGUGGUGCUCAGACUCAGGCCAAAGUGAGUUUUCUUGUCUGAGGUCAUCUCCUAGUGGAGACAUAAACAAAGCCCAAACCUCACAGCAGUGCAUGGCAGUCUUAGUGGAAAACAGGCAGGACUGAAAGGAGCACUCAGGGUGUCUUCCCUGAGUGGUGGUGCCUCUCCUGCUGCACCCCUGUGUCAGUGGAACACUGCAGGCAGAGCAAAUCCAAGCUGCUCAGUCUGUGGGUAAAGAGGAGUUUCAUCUCCUGUGAAGCUGACUUGUUUUGCAGCGAUGAAAUGUCUCGGGUUUGGCUGAGAUGAAGUUAGCUCUCCCCAUAGCAUCUUUACACAGUGCUGUGUUUUGUAGUGGCAGCUAGAACAUACCAGUGUUUUGGCUACUGCUGAGCAGUGCUUGCACAGUACCAAGGCUGUGCUUUUCCAGCGUUCUUCCUCCCAAGAGUAGGCUGAGGGGCGGGCAAGAGCUUGAGAGGGGACAUGGCUGGGCCAGCUGAUCCAAACUGACCAGAAGGGUAUUCCAUACUAUAUGAUGCCAGCUCAGAUAUAAAAGCUGAGGCACAGAAGGCAGUGUGGGCACAGAAGGCAAUGUGGAGGCAUUUGUUGAUGGAGUUUGUCCUCUGGAGCAUCCACUGUGCCCUGCUUCCUGGGAAGCAGCCGGACAGCAUCUGCUGGUGAGGAGGAGAGAAUAACAUCUUUGUUUGCUCUUGCUUCCACCCAAAGCCUUUGCUUUUGCUUCUGCCCUAUUAAAUUGCUUCUGUCUUGUACCACAGGCAUCUGGUUUCCCUCUUCCUCUGUCCAUCUAAGAAGGGGAGUGAUAGAGUGGCAUUGGUGGGCAUUUGGCCCUCAACCAGGGCUGACCACCACAGGAAAUUAAUUCAGAAGGAAAGAAAAUUAGUU